AUGAACAAAAACAAUAGUGAUAAUAUCAAUUUAGAUGAAAACGAUGUUAAACAUUUAACAGAUGCAUUAAAAGAUACAAAUCUAUUAUCUAAUCUAUUACAAUAUUAUGAUAAUGCUCAAAAGUUAAAAGAAAAUAAUAAUAAUAAUAAUAGUGAAAGUAAUAAAAAUAAUAAUAUAAAUAAAAAUAAUAAUAAUAAUAAUAAUAAUAGUAGUAGUAUUGAUAAGGAUUUAAAAAUAAAAAAUGUAAAGGUUACACCUGCAUUCUGUAUAAAGACACAUAGUAAUAGAUUCGAUAAGGUAUAUGUAAUGGUAUCACAUUACUAUUCGAUAGAACCUGCAUCUACAUCAUCUGAAGGUGGUUGGGUAAUACCUCACUCUCUAUUCCCAGUAGAGAAACAAAAGGCAUCGGUAACAGGUCAACUCAACAAUGUAUAUCAUAUAGUAUUCAGCAGUGAGACCUACAAAGAAUCGAUGAAGAACAGAGGUCUAUACAAACUACUAAUUCAAUCUGCAAUAAAAUCAAUCUAUCAAAACUAUAAUGAAUCACUAAAUAUUGCUGCAUAUAAGAUGUCAAAGAAAGUGUAUUAUAAAGAAAUGAUAGUUUCAGAACUACCAGAACCAAUUGUAGAUAUGGAAGAACCAAAAGCAGUAGAGGUGGUCAAUGACGAUGGUACGAUUACACCUGUUUUCAAUUUGAUAAAGUUAGAUCGCAAUCAGCAACCCAUUAAAAACCCAGUUAUCAUACCGACUAGCAUCAAGAUUGAAAUUCUUCUAUCGAAACUAGAGAAUAUAUCUAAUCUAUACAUCGAAAUAAUUGAUCAAUCUUUAAUAUUACAAGAAGAUAAUGUUAAUUAUAAUUUAAAUAUCCCAUUUUCACAUGCUAUUGAUGAAGAGAAUCAUAGUGCAAAGUUUAACAAGAAAACAAAGAUGUUAACGAUUGUUGUUAGUGUAGUUGAACCUGUAGAUAGUCAUCAACAUGAACAUCAUAAUCAUCAACAUAAAGAACAUCAACAACAUAACCAUAAGCAUUUAGAGAAUGAAGACAAUAUCUCUGAUAUGAUAGAUGUCGAAUCCAUACCAUUCCCAGUUACAUUCAUUAGCGAUUGUACACCUUUAUUUCCAAGCUACAGUUAUAAACAAUCAAAAGAUCAAUUAUAUUUUAUUAUUUAUCAUAAGCCAAAAGAUAGUAAUAAUAACAACAGCAAUAUUAAUAAUGUAUUACUUAAUAUUAAUGAAAAUGUUUUAGAAAUAGUAUUGAGCGAUAUAAACAAAUCAAUUACUUUUAAAUUAUAUUCAAAUAUAGAUUUAAAUAGUAUUGAAAUUACAAAUACUAUAAUCAUUGUAUUAAAUAAACAAAUAAAACAAUGGUGGAAAUCUUUGGAGAUCGUUGACAAUUAA